AUGGCCGCGAAAACGCCAAUCGACGAUUCUAUGCCUGCGCGCAUAUCUUCGGAUUGUCCAGACGAGAUUCGAGAGGUUCUAUACCAUGCUUGGGGCCAUGACAGGAGCGGCUUGAAGAACCUGCUCAAAACCACCGGCAAGGCCAAUGCUCAGGACCCCAAGACUGGAGAGACACCCUUACAUGCAGCUAUCCGUGCCUGCGGGCCUGCCUCCCCUGACGACGAUGAUGAUCAGGAGGAGGAUGGUUCGGUCGAGUUAGCCAAGGAGAUCGUUCACGAUCUUUUCCUUAGAGGCGCCAUCUGGAACGAUGUCGACAGUAAUAACGAGACACCUGGUUGUCUCGCCCUCAGACUCGGACGCAAACCUCUUUACCAGCUCUGCGUAGAGGCUGGAGUGCGAGCAGAGCUUCUCUUUGCUCUUAUGGGAGACUAUGAGGAACUAUCAUCCGGUUCAGAGGACGGCGACGAAGAGAUGGAGGUCGAGGAACAAAAUGACGAGGAGGCCCCUGAGCUAGUGUCUACCGAGGACGCAGUCGCUCCCCCUGAAGAACCCAAGUUCAUCCCUCCUGAUGCGAAGGAGAAACAAGUUACAAGCGAGGAGUAUCUCAACUCGAAGCUGGUCUAUGACGAUGCUAAACUUGUCGACUCCGACCUCAACGGUGUCAUGAUGGCUUGGGAGACGGACAUUAUGCGUCGUUCUGUUGCCGCGCUUGUUCCCGACUCGGCCCCUGGCAAGCGCAUCCUUAACAUCGGCUUCGGCAUGGGUAUAGUUGAUGGCAUGUUCGCCGACCUGAAGCCUUCGCGCCACCACAUCAUCGAGGCACACCCCAGCGUCCUCGAGCACCUAUCCAAGGACGAAUCUAAGUUCGGCCCCGGCUGGGAGAAGAGCGGUCCUGAAGAGGGAGCUUUCAAAGUGCAUAAGGGGAAAUGGCAAGAUAUUGUGCCAAAACUACUCGAAGAUGGCGAGAUUUACGACGCCAUCUAUUUCGACACCUUUGGCGAGGACUACUCACAGCUGCGCCACUUCUUCUCCGAGUGUAUCAUUGGUAUCAUGGAUCAGGAGGGCAAGUUCAGCUUCUUUAACGGGCUUGGAGCUGAUAGAAAAGUUUGCUACGACGUAUACACAAAGGUGGUUGAGAUGCAAUGCGCUGAUGCUGGUCUCGAUGUUGAAUGGAAAGAGAGCAAAGUAGACAUGUCUGGCCUAGACAAGGCUGGUGAGGGAGAAUGGGAAGGCGUACGAAGACGUUACUGGACCCUUGAUGAAUACCGGUUGCCCAUUUGUACAUUCAUGGGUUAG